AAAAUUCACCCUAAAUUGGUCAAUCAUUGUACUUGUACAUACGACAUGGCAAAUGUUUAAAAGACAAUAAGGAAAGCAGCCUCACUUUUUCUUCUAGAAAAAAAGAAUUAUUUUAAACCAAAUUGAUUUUUAUUUUAUUAUAUUUCGUAACAAAUCGUUGCAGCCUUUGAUUGACUUAAAGACUCCUCAAACCUCAUUCAACAAAGCAAGAUAGACACUUUGCUCCUCUCCCCAUCUCUCUCUAUUCAAUCUCCUUCAUAUACCCCCCGAAGCUCUCUGCAGGUAGGUUCACCUUCCCUUUUUUGUGACUUCCCAUCGUUUCUUGAGAGUGAUCUUCAUAGUUUCCUGUUGAAAUUUUUUCUGGGUCCUGUUUAAUUUGAAGUUCAGGUUAUGGCGACACCAACAAGAAUCGGCCUUUGUGGCCUUGCUGUCAUGGGGCAAAAUCUUGCUCUUAACAUUGCUGAGAAAGGAUUUCCGAUCUCUGUUUACAACCGGACCACUUCUAAAGUUGAUGAGACUGUUGAACGCGCUAAAAGGGAGGGAAAUCUUCCUCUAUUUGGAUUCCAUGAUCCUGAGUCCUUUGUACAAUCAAUCCAGAAGCCUCGCGUCAUCAUCAUUCUUGUGAAGGCUGGUUCUCCUGUUGAUCAAACCAUUAAAACUCUUUCUGCUUACAUGGAAAAAGGAGACUGCAUCAUUGAUGGUGGAAAUGAAUGGUAUGAGAACACUGAGAGGAGAGAGAAAGCAAUGAACGAAUUGGGUCUGCUUUAUCUUGGAAUGGGAGUUUCAGGUGGUGAAGAGGGUGCUCGUAAUGGACCUUCCUUGAUGCCUGGAGGUGCUUUUGAAGCCUACAAGAACAUUGAAGACAUCCUACUAAAGGUGGCUGCUCAAGUUCCUGACAGUGGCCCUUGUGUUACCUACAUUGGCAAAGGAGGAUCUGGAAACUUCGUCAAAAUGGUCCAUAAUGGAAUUGAAUAUGGUGACAUGCAGCUGAUUUCUGAAGCUUAUGAUGUGCUAAAAUCAGUUGGAAAGCUUUCUAAUGACGAACUCCAACAAGUUUUUUCUGAAUGGAACAAGGGGGAGCUUCUUAGCUUUUUGAUUGAAAUUACAGCCGAUAUAUUUGGAAUUAAGGAUGAUAAGGGAGAUGGGUAUUUAGUGGACAAGGUUCUUGACAAAACUGGAAUGAAGGGGACUGGUAAAUGGACAGUGCAGCAAGCUGCAGACCUGUCAAUUGCUGCUCCUACAAUUGCAGCGUCAUUGGAUUCAAGAUUCCUUAGUGGUUUAAAAGAGGAAAGAACUGAAGCUGCCAAAGUUUUCAAGUCUAGUGGUGUUAGUGACAUCCUCAGUGACCAAGAUGUGGAUAAGAAGAAAUUGAUUGAUGACGUGAGACAAGCUCUUUAUGCAUCCAAGAUAUGUAGUUAUGCACAGGGAAUGAACUUAAUCCGUGCAAAGAGCAUUGAAAAGGGAUGGGACUUGAAACUUGGUGAGCUUGCCAGGAUAUGGAAGGGUGGUUGCAUUAUCCGUGCCAUAUUCUUGGACCGCAUUAAGCAGGCUUAUGACAGAAACCCUGAACUUGCAAACCUACUGGUGGAUCCAGAGUUUGCAAAGGAAAUUGUUGAGAGACAGUCUGCUUGGAGACGGGUAGUGUGCCUUGCUAUCAACGCUGGAAUUAGUACUCCUGGCAUGUCAACAAGUCUUGCUUAUUUUGACACAUACAGGAGGGAAAGGCUUCCUGCUAAUUUGGUCCAAGCUCAAAGGGAUUAUUUUGGUGCUCAUACCUAUGAGAGGACUGACAUGCCAGGAUCCUUCCACACCGAAUGGUUCAAGAUUGCCAAGCAGUCCAAAAUAUAAGUAUUUUACUGUUGUGUUUCGUCAAUGUAAGACCGUAAGUGUUAUUUGGAAUAAUAUCUCUGUUACUACUGUUAGUUGAAGCUUCAGCCUUUUGAUUAUGUAAUCUCUUUGAGGCUCUACUCUGUAACUGAGUCUGUCAAUUCAUAUGGAGUUUUCUUUGUAUCUGUUGUCUACAAUGAUUUGUAGACAUAUUGGCGUUGUACCUUUCUGAUAAACUUUUUUUUUUUCUUGUUUUUCCUUCCCCCCCUGCAAGCUUUGACUUGCUCAAUAUCAGUUUUUCUUGACUUCUUAAAACAUAAGGUUCUUGUGAUCAGAAAAGAUUUGUCUCUAGCUUACCAUAUAUUUUUCUUUUUUUUGGCUAAGAGAUUUAUGUAUUUUCAGUGCCCCUGAGGUGCAACAUCUUUUCAUCCAUUUACUCUUCCUCGAAUUUUGUUUUGGAAAAUGUUGAGAGACUUCUAGUUGAUAUGAAAUUCCUGAUUGCAUAAGAAUUGUUUUGAGUUCGUUUGAGGACCUAACAUGCACACUUAAUGCUUACUUGGGGCGCUCUGAGAAUCUAGCAUGUCUUGACCUGCGAGCUCCCUCUUAAAGCAUUAAGCUAAAAAUCUGAAGAUGCAUAAUACCACUUUUCAGUCUUUCGCAUUUUGGUCUAUGAACAAUACCUGGUUUUCUAUCUGCUGCAACAUCAAGAAUUGUGUCCCUUGUGCGCUGGGAUUCCUGGUUUGCAAUCAAACCAGCAGCACCAGAGCGCCUGUCUUCUCUACUGGAUUUUUAAAGAUGAUAGCCAAAGAUAUACCCUAACUGUUUCACUUAAUUUUGGUGUCAUCUUUCAUAUGUGUAACUCUCCAUCAUCUGUUUGGUCAACCUGCUGUUUAGACCAGCAUGUUUCAUCUUUAUCAGUCAGUCAGUUAUUUACUUGAGCAUUAAUAGCGAUGUCACUAUCGUCGGCUUUUCCACUCUGCUUCUUUUUGAGUGCUUGCAUCAGUCUAUACACAUGUGGGCUAUAUUUUGGGGAUUUCUUCUUUGCAGAAUCUACUGUAUUUAGCUGUUAAGACUUGUUAUUGGCCAUCGUCACUUAUAAUUGAACUUGCAUUCUUCAUGUUUAUGCAGGAAUCCAGUUUAUUGAUUGCAUGAUUUCUGAAUAGUAUAUUUUGCCAUGGAGCUGUCUCCUAUACCAUGUACUGUGAGUUGAGCAAUACUUCACAGUAUAUAUCCUUGCAAUUUUGCUCAGCUUUCUGGUGAAGGUCAUUUCCCCCCUUAUUAAAUUUUAUGCAUGAAAAGAAACCCAUAGAAAUAGUACCUGCUUUCAAAUCUCUCUCCGAUUGUUUCACUCUUUUUCAAUUUUAAUUUGUCUGUGGGAAAGUCUCUCCCUCCAGUUCAUUCAUGAAUAAGUAUGCAGGAAGAAAAGUAUGUAACAGUGAAACAGAACUAUAGCUCCCCUGCUCUUUUAUGCACUAGUUAUAUGAUCCUUGAUAUCCAUGCCAUAUGUAAAUUAAACAUUCUAAAUUAAUAACCCAAUUGAACAAAUACAGGAAGAGACAAAUAAGAAGCAAGGAUUUCCUCUGCCAUGUUUUUCUCUUGACAAUAGUAAGCAAAUAAUGUUUUUUUGUAAUAUCUGCCUACACCGACCUACUUAUUUUUCCUAGACUUGCCUUUACUGUAAACAUCACCAGUGGAAAUAUUUACCUUGCGCCCCUGCUGCUCCUUUUCUGGUUUUGGUUUCUGAGCACGUUCCUUUUUCUCAAUCUGUUUGUAUGAUUUAUGGCCUGUAGAUCUUCUGUCAUCCGAGCCUCCUGCAUGCUCCAGGAAAUCCCUCCCAUGGCUUCCUUUAUUGGUUACACAAGGUCCUCCUUGAUGACUUGGACCAGAAGAGGCAUCAGAAGCCAUGGAAUCGUCACUUUCGCCGUCUCCUCCAUCGUCGUAAUAGAAAUCCUUGUAUUCUCUCCUUUCAGUGCCACUCUCAUGGUUGCUGUCAUCAUCGUCGUCAUCGUCGGGAUUAUCUUCCUGGAUUGGUGAAGCAAUGUACAUAGUCCAUCCAGAUUCAUUGCUGCUGCAUUCUUCUGUGUCUCCAAUAUUAUUAGAAGAGUCCAUUACUGUUGUGCUAGCUGUUGAAAUAUGAAAGGAAAGGAUAGUUCAACAAAGAAGGAUAAAAGGAGGACUUCCACCUCACCAAUAUGACUCUUCCAUGCAAAGACUAGUCAUGAAUGAAACCUUUCUCCUGAUGCUGAUGGAACCUUAUAAUCCAAAAGUAAGUUUUGCUAUAAAUUCUCUGCCCUUUAUUAUCUGGAUACUGUCUCUGCAAGACAAAAUACAGGUGAACUAAUCCCUCAAUUAAGAGAGCUUCUUUUUUUUUGAAAAAAGUUUGACUCUAAAUUUAUAACACCAUCAUACCUGAACAUUAUAAUACCGUCCAUCUUCUUUACUCCUCUGUCUACCUCAUAAAUAUAAUGCAGCUUUUGAAAUGGCUAUACAGAUGUGCCCCACUCUACUAAUAUAGAGAAGAAUGUAUAAUGAAAUCAAUGAUCACAUAUGGCUAGAAUGAGGGCCUCCUCUUUGAAGUACACCAAUAUUAUUAAGCCUUUUUAAUUGUUUGUCAUCUACCAGGAGCAGCCUUUCAUGUGAAAUAUACAGUGAACCCAACUGUAUUUUGGCGUCUUCUAUCAGGUUUUGAUUGUAUCAUUAUGCUGUUCUCCAUUGUGCCCUUUGUUAGGCUAUUGUCUUAGGCCCUGUAAAAGCAGGGUUGUGUCCUUUUUUGUGUUACUGGGUUGAUAAAGAUAAGAUUUUUAUAUUAGUAUUUACGUUGAUUUUUCAAAUGUCAGGGCACGGUGGUAACAUAUAAUUCAUACAUUCGAUACGCGAUAGUAAGAUAGACAUAUGACUCGAUCGCCAUUUGCCAAAGUUAAUAUCGAUAUAGAGGAAUGAUUGAAAGUUCAAACCCGCACUCAACUAGUUUGUCAUUCUCCCCUUAGGUCAUUAUGUGGUUUGUUUGUCCAUCCACUAAGACAAGAGAUAAUAGGCCCCCUUGAAGGCUUGAAUUAUUCUGGGAUGAUAGAAUACCAAUCCUUUUCUUUUGAUUGAUUCUUGACUUUGUACUGGGGUAGGGCUCCCCUAAGAAGAUAAUUCUUGGAAGUUAUAAACAACAAGACAACAUUCCCUUAGCUGUGGAUUCGACCUAAUUGCAAUCUUUUGUUUGUAUUGUUUAUGUGUUUCAAACAUUGUGAAUGGCAACAAAAGCUGAAUCAUAUCAUGCAUUUCGGAUACCGACAUUUGCGUGUUUAUAAUCUUUUCCUUAGUUUCAUUCCAUCAACUCUCUUGUGGGAGCCUUUUGCACACCUCAUCCGAAAUUGAAAGAGGGGUUCAAUCACUGAUCAAUUAUUCCCAGCUAUUUCUUUGUCUGUUUGUUUGGAUGAAAACGAAAUUCCCCAGUUCUCCCCCGUGCGAAUCAUUAUAUAAAUCGGUCCAGAAUCGUUGUUGUUUGAGAGGUUUGAGCUCAAGUAACUCUGUGCUUCUCUCGUUGGGAAUUCGAGUUUUACCAACGACCAGAUUUGCGAGUUUUAGAAUAAUAUAAUAAAUACUUUUUCAUGAACUUGGUAAACUUUGUCUUGUAAUCUAUGUAGUUUGAUAUUACAUUAUUGCUUGUGAGUUACUAGCUCUCCACCCCACCCCCCACAAAACCCUUUUGAGUACAAACAAAAUUUUCUUUGUUGAAGUAAGCAAAAAUUUUCAAUGAUUAAAACGCACAUGUCCACUUAUUAACAAACAUCCAAUAAUCGACCCUAUUGAAAAAUCCCGUAUUAGAAUACAAACUUUUCACAUCAAAUGUAAUAAUACUGCCAAAAUCAAUUAAAAAUAAGGUUACAAUAACAGUGCACUGAAAUAGGAAUAUCAUAAUUAUUUAUUCUUUCUUUUA